AACCAUGACAAUGGCGCUAUUACGGUUUGUUGCAGACCGCUAACAAACGCGUGCUAAAUCGUUUUCGGGGAGUUUUUCAACUUUCACUUUCUUCCUUGGGACAUUUCAAAGUCAUGUUACUCACGUUGAGCCGAUGUCACCGUCUUGUGCUAUCGAGGACACUGAACCUGUCCCUUCGAUCGCCUCCAAAGCUCCAAUGUUACGAAGCCCGUUUCGCACGAAGUUGCAGGGACUUCGCUACUGGCAAACCAAAUCCUAAAGACAAGAAAGUGCCCAUCACGUGGAAAAGCCUGGGCAUCACUUUCGCCAUCGGCGGCUGCCUGUUGGGCUGGAUGCUGUACACGAAAAAGAAGAAGCAGCAAGCUUUGGACAAGGAACGCAAGAGGGCAUUGGGAAAGGCAGCCAUCGGUGGCAGCUUUGAGCUGGUGGACCACAACAAUGAGCCGAAGUCGAGCAAGGACUUUCUAGGCAAAUGGCUGCUCAUUUACUUUGGGUUCACACACUGUCCAGACAUCUGCCCCGACGAGCUCGAAAAGUUGUCCAAAGUCAUAGACAUUAUGGGGAAAGAAGCGCCAGACUUCCCAUUGCAGCCAUUGUUCAUAUCAAUAGACCCCGAGAGGGAUGAUGUGAAGGCAGUCAAGGCUUACGUCGGAGAGUUUCAUCCAAAACUCUUGGGCCUUACUGGAUCCAAGGAACAGGUUGAAAAGGCAUCGAGAGCUUUCAGAGUAUACUUCAGUGCUGGCCCUCGGGAUGAAGUCGAUGACUACAUCGUUGACCACACAGUUAUCAUGUACUUAGUGGACCCUGACGGGGAGUUUGUCGACUACUAUGGCCAAAACAGGACAGCCCAGCAGAUAGCGUCGGCUCUUCAGCUGCAAGAGGCAAAGUACAAACGUGCCAAGGGAGGUUCUUGGUUUUGAACAAGCUGCAAGAUUCAAGACAUAUGUGCGAAAUUCGCUUCAAACUAUGACACUGUAAAUAUGGCAUGUGUGUACCACGUUAGAUAAUGUGCAUUUCUUAAUAAACUAAUAUUGAUGCUAUG